AUGUUCUCCACUUCUGGAUUUCCUGAAGUCCACGAUGAGCUCAUAAAGCCUUUGUUGGUGAUUAGUCUCUCUCCAUACCCUUGAUUAAAAAGCUUUUCUUUAAAUUGAGAAAUUUUAUUUAGAGAAAGGAAAAAAAAAAAUACAAACCCAGCCAGAUGAUGGACUGAUACAUAUACUAGGUUUCAUCUGCAGUAGCAUCUCCAGUUUUUUUAUUGUGUCUAAUUGUUAACUGAAAUACAUAAUUUGUGUUUACUCUCAAUCACUCCUCUCAAACUGCCUUUUUUGGUGCUUACUUCCACUGUACACAAAGCAUACUUCCUGCUUUAAGCACAACACGUCACAUUGGGCAAACCCCUCAGCACUGCUCUACCCACCCAUGCCUACUCAAGACCAUGCAUAAGAAACAACACACACAAUGCACAGUUAGUUAGUUAGUUUAAGUGUUAUGGUGGUUUAGGAUACAUAAUUCCUCCAUAUCUUAACUGGCCAUGAAUUUGCCCUGCAGGGCGGAGAUACUCCUUAUUAGCUUGUGGAUACAAGUGGGCUUUGUUCCUGGCAUACAUUGCAAGGAUGGGACUGUCAAUCAUCUGUCAAGGGAAGAUGUUUUGCUCUUAAAGGAUGAGCAGGAUCCUAAAUGUUUCGCCCGGACAGAAGAGGAUUUCACUUGCUUCUUUGAGACUGCAGACAACAGGACUUAUGAUUUGCUCUACAGGACUGACGCAGACAAAAGGUGUGAAAUGUCUGUCCAGAGAACAGAAGAGGGAACUUUCCUCCACAUCUGCUCAUUUCCUGCCUCGGAUGUUUUGCUCCAUGUAGAUAUUUGUCUUAAAGUCGUGGAGCGCAACACCAACAUCAUCCUCUACAACCGGACUGUCUCUGUGGAGGACCACUUUCUCCUGUAUCCCCCCUUCAAUACGUCUUUACACCAAAAUGGCCAAGCAGGACAGCUGCAGGUCUCAUGGCACACAAAGGUCUUGAAAUACUUAAAAGACAGAAUUAUGUAUAGGAUUCGUUACUCCUCCAAGGGACUGGGAGAGAAGACAAAAGACAAGGCAAAGGAGGGUGACAUACUAGACUCUCUGGUACCAGGGGAGGAGGUUGAGGUCCAGGUCACUGUCAAAUGUGUCAUUAAUCCAAAUGCAGGACACUGGAGCAGCUGGUCACACCCUGUGCGAGCUGUGGUUCCCCAAAGUGCAGAUGAUAUUUCACUAAUGUGCUACACCGCUGACCUGCAAAAUAUUACAUGUCAGUGGAAUGGGAGCAGAUAUGGUGUAGAGAAAGAGUACACACUUUUCUACAAGAUGGGUCUCAGUGAAGCUUUGGGCUGGACAGACUGGACUGAGUGCCUCGCUGACAGGCAUUUGACUGACAUGUGCCGUUUUCAUGGAGAUAAGUCCAGAAAAGUCAGGGUCAAGCUCAGCAGCACUCCAGCUCCACUCAGCAGAACCUUCUAUACUCAAGAGUUCACUCUCAACAACAGCAUCAAAACAUCCCCACCAAGCCAUCUGACAGGGUCACUGGCAAAAAAUAAGUUGUGCUUGAAAUGGGAAGCUCCUCUUCCAUCUCUGUCAGCUCACCUGCAGUAUGAAGUCCGCAACCAGAUCACAGGGAGUGAAUCAUGGAUGGUGGUAUCCCUAAAGGGCAUUUGUCUAGAGGUUCCAAAAGGUGAACAAUACAGUAUUAAGUUAAGAGCUAAACCUACUGGGUCCAUUUACUCAGGCCACUGGAGUGACUGGUCAGAUGUGCUUAAUGGUGACACCCCCCCUUACAUAGGCACAUUGCUCAUGCUGUGUAUCCCAGUCUCGAUGCUGAUAACUGCUAUCAUCCUCAUCUCCUUGUUUUACACGCCCCUCAGUAAGCUCAGGCAGUAUUUUUGGCCACCGGUGCCCAACCUUGACAAAGUCCUACAAGGCUUUCUGACAGAGGGGCAGAGAUGGCAUCCUCCGUUAACAGCAAAGCAGUGCGCUGAGGAAACCAUUUCAUCUGUGGUGGAAGUGAUGUCUGAAGAAGUUUCUGGAUUGGGGACGCAAUCAGAGGAAUCCACCCAGCUCCUGUCACCAGAAAGUGGCUUCUCCAGCAGGGAACAGGUAGAUGGAAGUCCUGGGACUGAGGUCUUUGCCGACUAUGUGACUCUGAACAAAGACAGUGUCAUUCUCUGCCCAAAAAGAGACCAUGUCUACGAGCAGGUUGGAGAGGAAGAAGGCCCAGAGGUGGGGGAUGAGCUCUUCCAAACAUGUCACUCUUCCUGCACUGAUGGCUCAGUCAGUACCCCACCCUGCUUACACACUGACUUUCUUAACCAUGCCUACUUGCCUCUGGCUGAAACUGCAGACAUAUUCGACUGCAAGGUCACUGCUGCAAGGAGGCCAGGCAACUACUAUACCAAUUUCCCCUGUAGCUAAAUGUCCAGUAUAACAAAUGUACUUUGUUUCCACUGGUGCAGAUUUGUUUUAUAACAUGCACUCUUAUUGACAUAAGAACUCAUUGUAUAUUGAUACAGACCUACAGUACAUGUCCAAGUUUACUACAUGAGUAGAUCCGGCUGUGGAAAAGGCUUUAAUAGGAAUACAAUCGCACAAUGAUGUAUUUGAGGAUUAAUGCACCAUGUGGCUUAAGCAAAGAUGUGUUAACGUGGGUUAGUUUUGAUCAUGGCAUUCUCUCUCUCACAACUUCUGUCACUCUUGAUACAGUUUUUUGGAGCUGAAAUGCUAUGAAUCUACCACAGAUCUGAAGAUAAAAGACAAAUCAACAUUUGAAAACAAGAAUAUCAAUGGCAUGACAGUUGAUAUAUAGGCAUACUGUAUUACAUAUUACUUAUGUUUGUAAUUUUAUAUAAGGUUUCUUCCACAUCAGGGCUCAGUUUAUCAACACUGCUGUAUCUUUUUAUGUCCACUAGAGGGAACAGUAGAUCACAAGAUACUUUGUGAGACUGCAAGAAAAGACCCUACUCAGUGGCUUUGGUGGACAAGAAGACUGUAUUGUAUAGUACCAGUAAUCGGUGCUUUUCAGAGUACUGUUCUACGCUUAGAGUGCCUUUGAUAAAAAAAGACAAUGUGAAAAGGAGGUGCCGAGAGGGAUUGGGACUAUUACUAAAACACAAGGUGUGAGAUUGAGUUUGUACAUUAGCAUUUGAAUGUAACUUCCUCUCAAUGUUGUAUGUUUUCUUACUAUUCUAAAUGAUCUGCAUCUGGUUUUUCAGAUAUUUUCCACUGCCUUGCCUUGUUUGUUGUUAUAUACUCAUUAACUCAUUUCUAUUGUACAUAUUUCUUGUGGAUUUUAAAAAGUUGAAACUUGAGGUUGCGGAAGUUGACAUGGAUGUGAGGUGUAACCAAAACUCCUUUCCUCAUUGUCAUCUCCUUCCAUGUAAAAGCAUUGAUUUCCUGUGAAGUCAAACCAUAACAUAGGAGAGACUCGCAUAUAUUUAACUGACUGCCUCCAACCAAACAGCCACUGACUGCACUGUGGUAUGCCUGGACAUAAACAUUGUUUUUGUCUGUCUUUCAUUUUUGGUGUCACUAGGUGGUGGCAGAGAUGGGUUGUCUUUGUGUUGUCACAGCGAGUCCUCACUGAGACAGCACUAGUUAUUCUACACCAGUGAAUAUGAGAGAACAGUUAGAUUUUGGCAUAGGUUCAGGUUUGUAUUUUCUAUCUUCUGAUGAAGCCUCACUGUAUACCAACCUUGUCCUUGACGGUUAUACCUGUAAAUAUAUUGUUAAGAGCUGAGAUGAAUUAAAAUGAAAUUGAUAUGAAA